AUGCCGUCCAAGUCUCCCGCACAGGUCCUAUUAGAAAAGGCAGACAAGAAGGCCAACUCGUCUACUGGCUGGUUCUCAUCCUCCUCCUCCAAAUGGGAAGACGCUGGAGACCUGUAUCAGCAGGCUGCCAACUCAUUCAAGCUUGAGAAACUUUUCAAGGAGGCUGGAGAUUGCUUUUCUAGGGAAGCAGAAUGCCGAGAGCAGUGCAAGGAAGACAGUGAAGCAGCCAAUGCAUGGUGGAAUGCUGCCAAAGCGUACAAGCGCGGAUAUCCUCAGCAGGCCAUUGAUGCACUGACUCAAACCAUAACCUUCCUCACCAGGGGUGGAAGGUUUCGACAGGCUGCUGAUAGGGAGAAAGAAAUCGGCCAGAUAUAUCUGCAGGAGAACAACGAUCUACGGAAGGCAUGCGAGAGCUACGAACGAGCUGGGGAAUGGUACGCACAGGAGGAUGCCAUGGCCACCGCCAAUGCCUGCUUCAAAGACGCCGCUGACCUGCGGGCAGACCUUGAAGAGUAUCCGCAAGCCAUUGCUCGAUACGAAGAAGUCGCCAAUCAUUCAUUGGGAUCAGCGCUUACGAAAUACAGCGUGAAGGAAUACUGGCUACGGGCGGGCUUGUGUGCUCUGGCCAUGAAUGAUCCUGUCACCGCCCGGCGUAGUGCGACGAACUAUGCGAACCAGGACGUGACUUUUACGUCUACUCGGGAAUGCAAGUUCCUGAAAGCCUUGAUUGAAGCGAUGGAAAGCGGAGAUGUCGAGGCAUAUACCGGGGCCGUGGUGGAGUAUGACCAAGUCACCAAGCUCGAUAACUGGAAGACUAGCAUGUUGCUGAAGAUUAAGCGAGGAAUCCAAGAGGAACCGGGCCUCACCUAGGAUGAAAUAGUAGAAAUUAUUGUCGUGUAAUUUUUAGCUGAAAGGCGGACAUUGCCGAUUUGUGCGAUUCGAGAAUCCUGUCAUCACAUUGGGUGACUCACAGAGACUGCCAUGCCUCGC